AAUGAUUCCUCCUAAGUUCUUAAGCUAGCUGGUGCAUGAUUUCAAAAGGAAUGAUUGAAGAAACUUUCAAGUUGUUAGACAACAAUGCUCCAGAAAGUAGCAGUGAAGAGAUUGAUGAUGCGACUGGAGCAUUCAUGGGUGGUUCAUUCCUCAAUAAUGCCAUAGGGAAAGAUGGUGUCACCACUGAUGUUAUACAACAAUUGUUCGAUAAGCUUAUUGAAAAGAAUUACAUGAAACCUGUUGCUUUUAGCUUGUGGAGCCCUAAUUAAGGUUCACUUGGCCAAUGAUGACUUGCCUGCUGCUAUGGAUGCUUUUGAAAAAGUCUGCAAAGAAUACAAAAUUACUGCAGUGAAACAUGAAUUGACAUUGGCAUGUAUAAAACUGGAGGAUACUGAAAAGCUUCAAAAGAUAAUGGAUCUAUCCAUAUCUAUUCAUGGUGAGAUGAAUAGUUUGUAUGACCUGGUAUUUGCAUUCAUUGAGUGUGGCAAAGUCAGACAGGCCAAGAAAAUUUUAGAGACACCUGGACUAAGAGCUCGCCAUCAAAGACUAGAAAACCGUUGCAAGAGGCUUCUGGAGGAAAACAGGUUAACUGAACUGGAGCAGCUUGUGGCAAUAACAAAAGAUGUCUUCGACAUUGAUCGAAACAGGAUGUUUAUGUACCUUUUUGAAGGUUACAGGCGUAAAAAUGAUUGUGACAAAGUCCCUUGGUGUGUGGACAACUAUGCAAAGAGGAGAAUAUCGAGCCUAAGUGAAGUUUUAACUUUUGUUCCAUAUCUGAGGUAUAGUGGGGUAACUUGGUGGCGAGAUGACCACUUUCUCUGUUUCUUCACCUUUAGUCAAAGAGCAUUUUUUUAUGAAAAGCUCAUCAGCACAGCAAUGAUGCCACCUACAGCAAAGAUUAGGGUUCAUGACAUGGAUCAGUAA